CCUAUCCGCGGCGAGCUUAAGAUCCUGGAGUUCGGUCGCCGCGCACUGCUUGCGAAGUUCGCGUCCGGCUAUAAGGUAAUGUCGCUGCUAUUAACCUGCUUUAUCGACGCCUUUAGUCUGUUUCGCAAUAUAACUCGGUCAUUAAUGGGUUUCUACUUCUAG